GUGCUCCCGAUUCACACCAGAAAAUACGAUCCACCCUUCGAGAGCGCUUCCUGCGAAGUCUUCUUGCUUCCUCAGGGCUCCCUGUUACCUUCACAAUGUACCAACGUGUCACAGUCUGUGCUGAGAAGUUCAAUGCCUGCGACAUGGAAGCAUAUAACUUUCAGGUGUCUAACCUGCAAACACACCCCUAGGGGUGCAAGCUGA